AUGAAGCUGACUCGUAUUUUUGGUGUAGCCUUGAUGAUCGUUGGCCCUGUGUAUGCUCUUCAACCAGGCACACUUGCUACCGAAAAUACAUGUAAAGGCAAGAUGCCAACAUCCACCAUUACUGACGAUGAGGACACCGUUGCGACUCGUUCCUGUGUCACGCCUGCAGGAGUUGAGUGCAGCAAGUUUAAAAAGAAUGUGAAUGAAUGCCUUGAACAUCAAUGUUCCUAUGUAGGUUACUAUAGAGGAACCAAUGAAGGCCAUUUGAUGGCUCUCCAAGAAUACGAAUGCGUCGAUAAGGUUCCAGAAGGAUUAGAGCUUCAGCCACCAGCAAGUCUCGUUCCAGCCAAAUGA